AUGUCCAAGAGACGAGUCGCAUACUACUACGACCUCGGAACACACUCACGCACGCGCACCACAGCCGACGUCGGCGCGUACACCUAUGGCUGGGGCCAUCUCAUGAAGCCUCAGCGCAUGCGCAUGACCCACGAGCUCGUUUCUGCCUAUGGCAUGCUCGACAAAAUGCAUAUCCUCCGUGCAAAACGCGCGUCCGCCGAGUCCAUGACCCGCUUCCACACCGACGAAUACAUACACUUCCUCUCGAGGGUCACGCCGGAGAACUUUCGCCAGCUCACGUUUGACGGCACACGAUUCCUCAUCGGUGACGACAACCCCGCUUUUGAGGGUGUGUUCGAGUUUUGCAGCAUUUCUGCAGGAGGAUCACUCGCUGCCGCGCAGCGCCUCGCAAGCGGCGCGACGGACAUCGCGAUCAAUUGGGCAGGUGGGUUACACCAUGCCAAGAAGCGCGAGGCAUCAGGCUUCUGCUACAUCAACGACAUCGUGCUCGCGAUCCUUGAGCUGCUACGCUCCGUCCCCCGCGUGCUCUACAUCGAUAUCGACUGCCACCACGGCGACGGCGUCGAGGAGGCGUUCUAUACAACGGACCGCGUCAUGACCUGUUCGUUCCACAAGUACGGCGAGUACUUUCCCGGCACCGGUACCCUCGAUGACCGCGGGCGCGGGCGGGGAAAGGGCUAUGCGGUCAACGUCCCACUCAGGGAUGGUAUCACCGACGAGUCGUUCCGGAGCGUGUUCGAACCAGUCAUCGAUAAAAUCAUGGAAGUGUUCCGGCCGUCCGCGAUUGUGCUGCAGUGCGGCGCAGACUCCCUCGCAGGGGAUCGGCUGGGGUGCUUCAACCUGUCAAUGCAGGGCCACGCGAACUGCCUCCAGUACGUGCGCGCGCUGAAUAUGCCCCUCAUCCUACUCGGCGGCGGCGGGUACACGGUGAAGAACGUCGCGCGUACAUGGGCGUACGAGACGGCGUGCGCCCUGGGCAUCCAGGAUGAUAUUGACCCGAAUCUACCAUGGAACGAGUACUUUGAGUGGUUUGGGCCGCGCUAUCGGCUCGAGGUGCCCCCGAACAACAUGGAUGACAUGAAUAUGCGCGACGGGUCACUCGAGGCGGUGAAGACAUCGGUACUGAAGGCGUUGUGCGAGCUCCCGCAUGCGCCGUCCGUUGGCUUGCAUGAAGUUCCGCGAGACCCCAUAGGCGUGCACUUGGGCCUUACUCGCGCCGAGGAAGAGGAGGAUGAGACGGAUGAGCUCGACAGACAGCUCGCGCGACAUACUCAUCUCGUGUACGGGGUCCAAGAAGUGAUGGCGUCAGAGGAAACGGACGACGCAGACUCGGAUUCGGACUCGUCGGUGAGCUUGCGCCGGCGCACGUCGCGGUCGUCGUAUCGGCGGUCACGGCGGGGGCGCAAGCGCAUGAGCAUCACGACGAACCAGUAUUUGGACGUGCCGAGGCUCGAUGAGGACGAGGGCCACGGCCACAUACAUGGGUUUGUGCAUCACGCGCCGGCGCUGAAGCGACGGUUCUUUCAGAGCGCGGCGCGGUGGGACGCAGGCGUGGGCGUGCUGAUGGAGCACUACGAUGCAGGCCCGCGGCUGAGCGUCGCAGAAGUGAUGGAGCGUGGGGGCCGGGGGCCGGGCGCGGAGUCGGCGAACGGGGAGGAGGACGAGAUGGACAUGGACGACGCCGACGACGAGGAUGAGGAUGCGUAG